UAAACUGUGGGUAGGCAGGCAGCAAGCAGCCCGACCGACCGAGUGCAAUUCUUUAAUUCCGAACAGGAGCGCACCAAACCUAUAAAAGCGGCGGAGAGUGCUGGGGUACGCGUCAAACUCUUCCUCGUUAUCAAAGCGCAUAGAAGGCAUUCGAAAAUCCACUGAAAUACCGAACGUUUGGAAGAAUCGCAGCCGAAAUCUUAACAAUUCAAACCUUGUGAUAUUAAUUGUAAAGCAACGUGAGAACGAAUCUCAGAAUGAAAACCCAACUAGUACUGUUCGUGGCAGUGUUCGCUAUCGUGUACACAUCACCCCUGCCGCAAGCAGUUGAAAAUGUGAAAGCUUUGGAACCAUCAGUAGACGUGGCUGCCGAACCGGCACCAGUUGCGGAGGAAACAACUGCGGAAGCUAAAAGCGCUCCCGCAGCUACGGAGACGGUCACGGACGUACCGACCGAGGCUCCCGCUACUACAGAUGCAGCUGCCGAUCCGGCACCCGUAGAGAAUGCCGCAACUUCAGUUGCCGAUAGUAACACUGUCGAAGAAGUUCCAGAGGUACAAGCCAAAUCCGGAAGCGAAGCUGCUGCUACACCAGCUGCCGAGACAAAAGAGGUGAACUCCAAUGCCGUGGAUACUGACACUGUUAAGUUAGCUGAUGCCGUUGAACCGGCCGCUAUUGCCUCUGAUGAAGUAGCCCGCGUCGUUCGCACCAACACAGAAGACGAAGCAAAGAAGGAUGUCGUUCAAAAUCUCGAACAAGAAACCGGGGAAGCCUCCGUAACCACUGCAGCUGCUCCAGCCGAAGAGAAACCCGUUGAACAAACGGAAGCUAAGUCAGCGCCUGUCGAGGAAGCCGCUAAGCCUACGACAGCUGUGGUGACAGAAGCUACCGCUGAACCUACCGUAGCCGUUACAACACCCACUACCGCUACUGACAACAAAGCGGAAUCUGCGGCAGCUGCUGUAUCACUCGCUGUAACAACCAAACCCAAGCAAGACAGCUCAGAAGAAAGUAAAGAAAGCCAGGAAUCAGACGAGGAAAAACCGUAAACUUAGCACACAACAUUUGAACGAAGCCGCAUCGAGAGUUAUUGUGCCAAUUACACUUACCUCCUAGAUUGUAUUUUUCUCCCUUCAUCACACCAAAAGGCUUUGCUCAGAACACAUCCUCUAAUACGCAUGUUGCAAUCCUGAUAACGCCUUAGGAUGCAAAUAACUAUCAUUGCAGAAAAUCAAUCGAAACAACGACAUCCCUGAUCAGAACAAAAGCACAACUGUUUUAACUAAAACCAACACUUAGGCGUAAAGCAACCACAAAACUUUCUACGAACAGCUUAGAAAUACGAUAAAAUCCUAAUCGAAAGCCUGCAGAAUUUGACUAGCGAGAUGCAGUUAACUUAACGAGUGUUGAAAUAGAAUCAACUUACACAUUUGAAGGCUUGUGAGUUUGCAAAAAAAACACUGAUGGCAACGGAACGCGGUGCGUGAACUGCACACUUCAUCGGGUCUUUGCGGCAAAGCGAACACAGCUCCCCCAGUGAGUAGACUUUGCAAUUACAGACAGGUGGCUGUUGUAGCGGGCCAAAUAUUCUCCCAAGUCAAUUCAAUUCGAAACCCCCUAAUAGCGAACUUCUGUGUAGACUGAAAAUUAUACAAAAAAGUACAUGACAAAUGUAAAAUCGAGGUGUAAUAAGUUAAAUACAUUUUAAGUUAUUAA